AGCCUCUUUCUUCAAUUUCAUUGCAUCCGACGAAGUGCACUUUCGAUUAGGUCGCCAAAUCACUGGAACGGACUGGAGAACCAGCUUUCUGAUUGAAUUCUGUUUUUCGUUUUUCGCUGCGCUGAAGCAUUCAAAGUGGGGCUGGUUACGAGAACGAAUGUCCGCUGCAUAUUUUAAUAAAUAAUCUCCCCUGCUCCAUAACAGCACAAAUUAAUAAAGUGCUGUUUUCUCUCGCGUUCGGUGCGGUCCGGUUCGAGUUGGACGAGUCAUCCCAUAAAGUCGAAAGAAAAGGAAAAGCAAAGCAAAAGCAAUCCAUUGACUGACACACACCGUUGCGGAGGCAGCCCUAGUAGUAAGCGGUACAUCGAGUAAAACCAGUCACAGCCUGCUAGCUAGAGGUGACGAAAGAUAUUCGGCUUUACCGUUGUGGAUUAAAACGGAUUUUCAGAACUGAAAACAACGAGCAAUUCUCCGUGAUGUUUCCAACACCGUUAUCUGAAGAGUUCUUUCAAAAAUGUAGAACCGACUUUUACGAGUGCCCGAAGAACGUUCUGGCACAAAACGUGUGCACCAGGGUCGAUCCGUUUGAGGCGUGCAUGUCACGUAAAACACUGGAAAACACGCAACAUGUGUUCACUUAUAAGAUUGAAAACGAAGGCAAACCGUUGACAAAUCAGAAGAGUUCCGGCCGUUGCUGGUUGUUUGCAGCACUGAACUGCAUCCGUAUACCGUUCAUCAAGCAGUAUAACCUGGAUGAGUUCGAAUUCUCCCAGGCUUACUUGUUCUACUGGGAUAAAAUUGAACGGGCAAACUACUUCCUGAACAACAUUGUUGACACGGCUCGUCGUGGCGAGGAAGUCGACGGUAGGCUGGUAUCGUUCCUGUUGUCCGAUCCAACCUGUGACGGUGGCCAGUGGGACAUGCUGGUGAACCUCAUCAACAAGCAUGGAGUUAUGCCGAAAAAAUGCUUUCCCGAAAGCUUCAGCUGUGAGUCGAGUACCCGCAUGAACUCGGUCAUCAAGAGCAAGCUGAGGGAAUACGCAAAAGAGUUGCGCACGCUCAUCGCCGAUGGGGCGAAUGACGAUCAAGUAAAAUCUCAAAUUCAGAAACAGAUGAACGAAGUGUACAACGUUGUCGGCAUCUGUUUAGGAAUUCCACCGGAGAAGUUCACUUGGGAAUACUAUGAUAAGAGCAAGAAAUAUCUUAGCAUCGGACCCAUCAAACCGUUAGAUUUUUACGAGAAGUAUGUCAAACCGUACUUCAAUGUCGAUGAUAAGGUGUGCCUGGUAACGGAUCCACGAUCGAUCAAUUCCUACGGUCGUUCUUACACUGUUGACUGUUUGGGCAACGUGGUUGGUGGACGACCGGUCCUUUAUAACAAUCAACCGGUCGAGACUCUACUGGACCUGGUUACCAAGGCACUGCAGCUGGGUGAACCGGUUUGGUUCGGUUGUGAAGUGAGCAAACGUUUCGCGGGAAAACAGGGUAUUGAAGAUCUGGACAUUCACGAUUUCAAAUUAGUUUUCGGAGUAGAUAUUCAAACAACAAUGGAAAAAGCAGACCGCUUACUGUACGGUGAAUCGAUGAUGACGCAUGCGAUGGUAUUCACUGGAGUGUCUGUUGAUCCAAACACUCGUCGCCCGACAAAGUUCCGGGUGGAGAACUCGUGGGGUGAGGAUCGAGGCGAGAAGGGUUACCUCAUCAUGACCGCUGAAUGGUUCAAAGAGUUCGUGUUCGAGGUCGUCGUCGAUCGAAGCAUAGUGCCGCAGGAUGUGCUGGACGUGUUCGAUCUACCACCAACCGUGCUUCCUGCCUGGGAUCCGAUGGGCACACUGGCCAAGUAGGAAGAGGAUCGUGGUAUUACCGUACAUGCUCCCGCUAAAAAAUAAUUGUGUUUAUAAAUCAGCGUGAAAAAGCUGAUUAAUCAAGAUAAUGGAUAUUCUCACCCCAACCCAAUAAGCAUACACACACAACGUUUUCAGCUCGUAUUUAGAUAUGAUCAAUUCUGGUGCGGGGUAAGAGAGAAGUUUAGGAACGCUUGAGAGCUGCGGCCAACGAGUUAUUCUUGUGAAAAAGAAUUAUUAUUAUCUAGCUAAUAUAAAACUGUUUUUUCUUAAUCUGCUACUGAAAUAUCCGUUUCUUAAUCAUUUUGAAUGAUUUUGGGUUAAACGAAUCUCAAAUGCGUAAAAAGAGAUAAAUGGAAUCGGCCACUGGGAUUGUGGAGUCUUUUAGAGAAUUUAAAAUUUGUGUGGAGUGAGUGAAAAUUCCAGUGGAAUUAUUUUUCGUUGCUUUUCGAGUCCACAUCAAACUUACUGCACUCGUAUCGUGACUCACAAUCUGCAUUUAUCCAUAAAAAGUCCCAUUUUGUACGAACUCAAAUAAAAAAUUCAAUUCUGUUCUAACAUUCUCGAGUAAUAUUGAUUUUUUUUUAAUUUAAAUUUUUUGUAACAUGCGAUACUCUUAAAUUUUGAAAACGUUUUAUUAAAUUUUCUUCAAUAAAGUGCAAUUUUGGAGUAGCAGGUAGGUAUGCUAAUUAAUCGAUCUCCUGGUAAAGAUAACGUAACUUGCUUACCGUUGCUGCGGAAAUCUUCUACUUUCAUGUUUUCCUGGAUGAGAAGUUUAUUUGUGUAAAAUUAUCGCUCAUUAGUAACGAUUUAAUUUUGUUAAAACAUGUUCAAAACCUUUGACCUUUGACCGGCAUUUGGAUGUUCUCUAGUCGUUAUAUGAGAAACCAACAUCCUAGUGGAGCUCUUCUUUCCGUUCAGAAGGAAUCGAAGAUCAGGAGUUUCUGCCACCGGAAUGGCUCAUGUUGCAACGAGGUAAUUAAUAAUUUAUUAUUCGCUCUUUGUACCUAUUGAAACAAAAAAAAGUAUGUGGCAAUGUAGAAGAAAAUGGUUUAAAUAACAUUUUUUGAUAUAAAGAAAAUAAAAUUCAUGUGUAAUACGAUAUUGAUAUUGUAA